AUGGGACACGCCGCCGUCGCCUGCUUCGGCGUCUUCGCUGCUGUGGAGUUCUCGGAGCUCGCAGAGGUCACGCAAAUCGAGCGUCAUGCGCAGCAGCAGUGGCUACCCGCCGAGGGUGCCCGCGCACAGUCUGACCGAAACCGAGCGUUCGCUGGACACCAGGGCCAACUGAGGUGGUGGGACUGCUUCAUCCUGGUCCUGCUGCUCAUGAACCUGGUGCUGGUGCCCCUGCACCUCGGUUUCUUUCGCCUGCCGGGCAUCGAGUGGGAGCUUUACUCGCUGUUCUCGGACUUCGUGCUCUUCGUGGAUGUGAUGCUCAACUUCAGGACAGGUAUUGACGAUCGCAAGCAGGGCAUCGUUAUCAUGGAUCCAGUUCAGAUUAGGCAGCACUACCUGCACGGCUGGUUCCCCGUGGACCUGGUGAGCAGCCUACCCCUGGACUUCCUCGUCCUGAACUGGCCGUCGAAGUAUCGCAAUGUGGACCGCCGUUCUACCUAUUCGCAACUCGCCAAGCUCCUCAGCUUCAUCAAGCUUAUCAAGAUCAGCCGCCUGUUUCGCUACGGCGGUCGCACCGAACAGAUAAUGUUCUAUCAGACGACAGGCGUGUACCUGCAGCUGGGCAACAUCCUGGCACUCAUCUUCCUGGCUGUGCAUUGGCACGCCUGUCUUCAAUUCUUCGUCGGCUCCUUGAUGGGCUUCCCGCCGGAGUCCUGGAUAUCCAUCGCGAACCUGCAGAACAAGCCCUGGUGGGAGCAGUACUCGUGGGCGGUGCACAACACGGUGUCCCUCAUGAUGACCAACAACUACGGCUUGGCACAGAAGACCGGCCUCCUGGUCGAGGAGUGGAUCCAGGUGAUGGGAAUGUUCUGUGGCGCCCUCUGGCAGGCCUUACUGCUCGGAUACGGCGCCAACCUGCUCGCCCACAAGGACUACACCAAGAACGUCCAGAGGGAGAGGAUGCAAGAGGUCGAGCAGUUCAUGAGCUACUACGACCUGCCCGAGUGGUUGCGGGCGCGCAUCAGGUCGCAUCUGAACGCCCAGCACAUGUUCCUCAACGACAAGGACAUCCUCUCCUCGCUGUCUGGCACACUGCGAGAGGAAGUGUUGCGGCACAACUACGUGGCGACGUUGACGCGGGUGCCGUUCUUCGCGCAAGUGGACCCGGACUUCACGAACGCCAUCGCGGAGCGUCUCAACGCCGAGUUCUACCAGCCGCACGACGUGAUCGCGCGACGCGGCGCCAUGGUCCACAAGGUGUACUUCAUGCGAUCCGGCGUCGCCCACGUCCUCAGCGAGUCUGAAGAACUGCUGGACACCGUCGUUGAGGGGGCCUAUUUUGGCCAGUCGUGCCUGUUGGGCACCAAGGUUCGACAGAACUACGUGGUUGCCGUGAGCCACUGCAACAUUCUGACGCUGCUGGCGACCGACUUCCACGAAGUGAUGGGCCGCUUCCCGUCGGUGCGGGGCAUCUUCCAGACGCUGCUCUUCGAGAUGAACACGCAGGAGCACGCCGAGCGCCGCCGCCGCCGCAUGAUGCGCAGGCCAUCGUCGGUGCUCAUCCUGCCCGAACUGCGGCGCAUGGGCACCAUAACACCUUCCUCUACAGACACCACCGAAGAGGCCGCUCCCGCGGUCAGCCCCAUGGACACAAGGUACGAGUCACCCAAGUCACCCGUGUCCCCGGACAUGUCUGCGGGUGUCCCGACGAGCAGCCGUGCGCCCGACGUGUGCAUCCAUUCCCCGGUGCUCGAGGUGGCCGAAGAGGAAGCGUUGGCCGCCGACUCCGGCUGCGAGAAUCGGGAGCGCGACGACGCGGAAGGUCAGCAGGAUGACAGCGACGCAGGCGGCAGUGGAUCGGAGUGCAAGCAGUCCUGA